CCCCGUCAGUCCGUCCUACGCAGCGCUGCCCGGCACUGCUCCACGCGAGGCACGCCGGUGGUUGGCGUAUUGGGUGCGGGGCAGAUGGGCGGAGGCAUCGCGCAGGUAGCCGCGGUGCAGGCCGGCUGCAAGGUUGUGCUGGUGGACGUCAAGCAGGAGCAGCUGGACAAGUGCAUGGGCCUGAUGGACAAACUGCUGGCGAAGGACGUGGCGAAGGACCGCCUGACGGAGGCGGAUAAGGCAGCGGCGCUCGCGCGCAUCACAACCUCGACCGACAUGUCCGCCUUUGGCGGUGCCAGCUUUUUGAUCGAGGCGGCGACGGAGAACGUGGGCCUGAAGCUGGACCUGUUCCGCGCCAUGGACAGCGUCGCGCCGUCCGGCGCCAUCCUCGCCUCCAACACUUCUUCCAUCUCGAUCACCAAGAUGGCGGCCGCCACGGCGAGGCCCGAGGCGGUGAUUGGCAUGCACUUUAUGAAUCCGGUGCCAGUGAUGAAGCUGGUGGAGGUGAUCCCGGGGCUGGCGACGAGCGAGGCGACGCUCGCCGACACUCUCGCGCUCGCCACUGCGAUGGGCAAGACCUGCACGCAGAGCCGCGACAUCCCCGGCUUCAUCGCGAACCGGAUCCUGAUGCCGUACAUUAACGAGGCCGUGCAGACUCUGUACGAGGGCAUCGGCACGGUGGAGGCGAUCGACACGUCCAUGAAGCUGGGCACCAACGUGCCGAUGGGGCCGCUCACGCUCGCCGACUUCAUCGGCCUCGACACGUGCCUCGCCAUCAUGCAGGUGCUGCACUCGGAGCUGGGCGACUCCAAGUACCGCCCCUCGCCGCUGCUCGUGCAGCACGUCAACGCGGGCUGGCUGGGAAAGAAGUCCGGCCGCGGCUUCUACGACUACCGCAAGUAAGUGUGCACUGUGUGAGAGCGUCUGACCCUCGGGCACAGAGGCACCCCAGGUUUUUAUUUUUCAAUCUUCAAAGUGUACUGUCA